AUGGAGGCCCCCGACAAACCUUCUGGCCCCAUCGCCACUGCACCUUCUGCGAACUCUCCCGCCAGCUCAUCUUGUCCGGCACCCGCUGCAACGGCUGCUCCUCCGCCUGCACCGUACCCGCAAGCCCUACAUAAUGCCCAUCCCACCGUGAUGGACCUUGAUACCACCAACGCUGAGGAUCGUUCCCGUCGAGCCGCUAGUGUACUUUCCAUGGACGACCUCGAGGCGGCACAAGCCCUCGAAGGCCUUCGCUCCGAUUUCGGUCAAUCCCCUCGAACAUCGCGACAAACGCUCCCGGCAACAUCGCCAGAGCCGUCGCAGCCAGAGCCGCUGUUGUCGCUCCUCACUUCUUCCCACCCGCUCAUCUCUUCCGCCAUCAACGGGUCCGUCUCGGCAUAUACUACGUCCAAAUCGUACUCGGCGCGCUUCAAGUCCGGAGCCGAGUUUAUCGAGCGCAACAUUGGCUCACCGGUCGCUAAUACCGUGGGAACUGUUGGCCGCAAGACUGGCGUGGAGAGUGGUUUGCGCUGGGCGCUGCAACGGCGAGAAUCUGGGGCCGACUCGAACCACGCCAGUAAGCGUCGCAAGGUGAAUGGUGAGGCUACACCGCAGGCCGUGGACGCUGAGAAGACAUCGGAGGAUUCCAUGGCCCCGGCGCGGACUCGUAGUCCGUCUGAUCUGUCGAUGGCGGAGACACUCCCGCCGUACGACGAGAUGCGGUCUCCCGGCUAUGAGGAAAAGCCCGGCCGACAGACCUCGCCUACCUGGCAGAGCCGACUGGUUAUCUCCACAUCUGGACUGGGCGUGGCAAUGAGUGAAGAGUCGCUGCGCAGUUUGCAAUAUUGUUUGACAUGGUUGCGCUGGGCGAAUGGACGUCUGGGCAGAGCCAUUGUAGCCCUCCAGACUGUCAUGACGGAAUGGGAGAACCACAGGCGACAGUCACAAACCGAUCUAGAGAGCGGCGAGCGCGCGGAGAGCGCAUCCCUCCUGACCCAGCGCAUCCAAGCCGUCAAGGCAGACGUCCUCUCAACGUUGAAGCAAGUUGUGGACGUCGUUUCCAAGUACGCCGGAGGUGCCCUCCCAGAGAACGCUCGACACCUGGUUCGACGGCAUCUUACUUCUCUCCCCCACCGAUUCCAGAUGGCAAGCACAUCCCAACCGCCCCCCGACUCGCCAGCCGCCUCCUCAGAUGCGACAGUCGGCGCCCACCGAAUCUUGGUCCUUGCCAACGAAGGCUUGGACAUUUUGGGUCAGGUCAGCGGUGUCGUCAAUGACACCCUCGUCAGUGCUGAGCACUGGUGUGAACGUCUAGGGCGCAAGCGCCCCGGAAACAAAGCCGCGCCGGAUGCAGAGAAAGAAGACCACCCUGCCGCCCUGCCGGACGCCCCAUCGUAUGGCAUGGAUAUCAAAGAGCCAAUUGUCACGGAGUCUGCGCCCCAGGAGGAUGUGCAGAUGACUGGAACGGAGAAGGCAUAA